CUUGAUUGGAACGCAGCACGUUUUUCUCGUCCACGUUCUCGAUGUUGACAUGCACGGGAUGGAAAAGACUUUGCCCCACCCCCCUGAUUCUUGGCGAUAAGAACCCCGCAGCUCCCAGGGAGCUUUUCUGUGUCCUACGAAUCACAUGAUAAUAUAAAUAUAUCUCUAAUCAUCGAUCAUCAUGGCUUCAACAGAAGAGACCACAGUCCCUGAAGCACGACCAAUCGACAGCACCAGGUUCAAAGAAUUCCAGAUCUCGAAGGCCGGGCUCUCGGGCCUGCAGAUCUCGUCUAAAGACCCCGCCUCCCCCCAUUCUCAAUUCUACAUCGACACCUCGCUAUUCCUCCCCUCGAAAAAGGACAUCACGAUCCACGCCGGCGCCUCCGCAAAAGGCAAAACCCUCGGCGACGUGGACCUGAAAAACUUCUCCGGACACUACAUGAUCGAACUAGGCGAUCCGAAUGUCGAGCCUGUUGUGCUUGAGGAGUUGGAUCGAGUGAAAGGAUGGAGCAGUAGACAUCAGUUUGAGUUUGCGUUUGGCGGGAGGGAGAGGGAUGUGUUUUUGUGGCGGCAUAGAGGCCGGGAUCUGGCCGAGAAUAGAGAUGAUUUGGAGCUGCUUGUCGAGGACGAGGAGCGGGAGGAGGAGGAUGAGGUGCUUGCUGUUUAUGAGGCGAAGGGGGGUGAGCAUGGGUGGAAGAGUAAGGGGAGGCUGUUGAUUAAGGAGGGGGGUGGGGAGCAGUGGGAGUUGAUGGUUAUUUUGACGGCUAUGGCGUUGAUUGUUUCGAAGAGGAGGGAGCAAUGAGCUGCUGUGUGGUGAGAGGGCUUCUAGGCGAUGGCUUGCGAACCACUUCCAUGCUCUUUUUGCUUGAUAUUGACAUUGAUUAUAUGGGUACCUUUCAAAAAAAGUUUUAUUGUGUUCUCAAAAAGGAUAAAUCACUUAACAUUUCAUCGCGGAUGUCAUUUCAAGGCACAAAGACAGAACAAGACUUAAUGAACUUCAUUGGAAAUUUACAAUUUCAGACUCCAGCAAUGCAUAAUCCAGAUGCAACGCCAUCAAAGCCAGUCCUCCCAAGCCCAAACACCAAUCUAUGCUCCACCCAAUGCGGCCCCAACUCCAUUCAAAAUUCAAAUGCCAUCCACCCUCUCCCCAAUAAAUCAAUACAACUCACAAACCACACUCCCCACCGCCGUCACCGCACCAAAAUCCAACUCGUCAUAUACACCAAAAGUUCCCAGUGGGUACGUAGCCCCGGUA